UUAAAACUUUUUAUCACGAUAGUAUUGCUCGGCUAGAAAUGCUUGUGUUUGGUAAUUGCCAAGUGCACAUAGCAACAACUCCAAAUAUUAAUAGCGUCAAUCAUCGUUGAGGAGACUGCCACACAACACAACACCACUCUUCUCUAUCUCUGUCUAGCGUACGAAAAAAUGAAGAAAAAAUUGACGUUGGAAGAAGGCUUCGGUCUAUUGAAACAAGGCAUUGCCAAGGCUAUGAUGAUACUGGAUGGAUAUCCAACUAGUGCAUUGUUCACUUGUGAAGAUUACAUGAAACUCUACGACUGCGUGUAUGACAUGUGCGUUCAACCUCCUCCUAGUCAGUACUCUGCAGAGCUCUAUGAGAUGUUCAAGAGAGCUUUGGAAGAGAGCAUUACCUCAAGGGUCUUGCCAGCUCUCAAAGAUAAAAGACAUAUCUUUGUGCUAGAUGAACUAUGCAACAUGUGGGCAAAGUACAAAGUCAUGGCAAAAUGUCUUGGAGGUUUCUUCCUGUACCUUGACCGUCACUUUGUUGAGGAUAGGAAGGCUUCUUCUCUUAAUGAUAUCUCCGUUCUUUGCUUCCAUGAUAUGGUGUUCCGCAAAUUGUAUCACGAGAUUCUUGAAGCUGCAGUUUUUCUAACUGAGGAGGAGAGAGCUGCAAAAGGUGUUUACAGGGAUGUUCUAAAGAAUGUUUCAACCUUCUUUGUUGAAAUUGGGAGUGGGAAGAUGCACUAUUAUGUGAGCUUUGAGACAGCUGUGAUAGAAAGCGCGGCAAAUUACUACAACCUCAUGUUUGCAAAUUGGCUUUUGCGUUUUUCACCUAUGGAAAUCAUUGUGAAGGCCCAAUGCCAGAUGAACCAGGAAAAAGAGAGAGCUAGUGAAUUCUUGCAUCAAACCUCACAGGAGAAGCUGCUGCUGGUUGUGCACGACCAGUUAUUGGGUCAAACUGCAUUGAGUCAAGCAAGCAAACUUCAAGAAAAACAGAAGACCGAUUAUCAGGAAGUGCUACUACAAUGUGCAGGUUUAAAUCUUGGUGAAGGUAGCUAAGGGCAUGAUUCUUGACGAUGUAAUUCGGCCACCAAGAUUAUCUUGGUCAUUUAACAAAUAUUGCACAUAUUAUGACUGUUGAAUUAAUGUAGGUUUUCAGCUGGCUUUUUAGUAUUUUGAUGUUCUAUCAUUUCACUUGGAAUAGAAGUUGUCAGAUCCCGUAUAUUGAAUGCGUUCUCUCGGGUCUUGUACUCAUUGGAAGGAAUUACUUUCCAACAUUUAUUUUUCAUUUCAAAUGAAAGAAUGAAGACUAGCUCUGAAUCAUU